CUUCCGCCUUGGCUCAUUUCUCGGGGCGGCGCCGGCGGGAGCGGACGCUUCUUGAGUCUGCGGCUGCGUGAGAAGCGAGGAGGCCUCCCUGAAGCCUCGGGCUUUCCUGCUUCCCGUGCCCGGGCCCAGGAUGCGUUUGCGGGCAGCGCAGGCCGGGCUGAGCGCGGGGAUCGGAGCGGCCCUCUUCCUCCACCCGACAGACCUGCGCCUCCAGGCCGAGGAGGGGUCUCUCCUGGCCCCGCUCUGCUUUGUGGGCCUGAUCCUCUCUUCCGUGGCCUUGUAUUUUGUGGUCUCGCUCAUGGACCCCGGCUUUGUCCGCAGCCAUCCCGAACACACCAAGCCUGCCUCCGCUUUACAGGAAUCGGGGAGCAAAGGACAGGAAAUCCUCGCCUUCCAGCAAGACGUUCCGGAAGUUCGGCUCCGCCGCUGCGGAUAUUGCCUGCUCAAGCAACCCAUGCGGGCCAAGCACUGCCGCGAGUGCCGCCACUGCGUCCGGCGCUACGACCACCACUGCCCUUGGAUCGAGAACUGCGUCGGGGAGCGCAACCACCGGCUCUUCGUCCUCUACCUGGCCGUCCAGCUCGUGGUCGUCGUGUGGGCCAUGGAAGCCUCCUGGUCCGGCCUGGGUCCACUGCCCGCGUCCUUCUCGUGGCCUUGGCUCCGCCAGAACCUUCUCCUGCUGCUCUGCUUCCUGGUGCUGCUGGUGUGUGCGGUGGUGGCGGCCCUGCUCCUGGCCUCGCACGCCUACCUGGCCGCCUGCAACACCACCACCUGGGAGUUCAUGUCCCGCCACCGCAUCUCCUACUUGCGCGGCUGCCCGGAGGAGGAGAACCCCUUUGACCGGGGGGUCUUCCGCAACCUCUGGGGCUUCUUCUGCGCCCGCAGGAGUGUCCGCUGGGAGGCCCUCCACCCCAGCGCCGUCUGAAUCGGCAUCGCCUUCCGUCCUGCUGGACGGGCUUUACCUCCCGCGUCCCUGGAAUAAAACUCUGGGAAUUCUGCACCCAACCGCCAAGGGUGCCUGCGUGCUCAAAACAAGACUUUUAUUUAUUUAUUAUUAUUUUUUAAACAAUCGCAGAUGUGUUCUCCCCGAGCUUUUGACAUGGUGCCUUAAAAGCAAAUAUAGAUAUAGAAUACUUGAUUAAAUGUUUUGUUUGAUGCAUGGAUAUGUUCUCCCCAAGAUUCUAACAUGGUGCCUUAAACAUGUAUAUAUGUGUGUGUGUGUGUGUAUAUAUGAGUCCCCUUGGGGAGAUAGGGCGGAAUACAAAUAAAGUUUUAUUAUUAUUAUUAUUACUUGACUAAAUGAUUCAUUUGAUGUCUGAGGUAUAUGGGUAUAACACACACACACACACAUAUUGCUUGAUUAAAUGUUUCAUUUGAUGCACAAGGUUAAGAUAUGGAUAUGUUCUCGAGUUUCUAACAGUGCCUUAAAAGCACAUGCAAACAUACACAUGUGUGUGUGUGUGUAUGUAUGUGUGUGUGUGUGUGUGUAUGUAUGUAUGUAUAUAUAUAUAUAUAUAUAUAUAUAUAUAUAAAAUCCCCAAGUAUUUAACAGUCUUAAAACCACAUGCAAAUAUAUAUAUAUAUAUAUAUAUAUAUAUAUAUAUAUAUAUAUAUAUAAAAUCUAUCUAUCUUGAUUAAAUAUUUCAUUUGAUGCACAAGGUUAAGAUAUGGAUAUGUUCUCCCUAAAUUUCUAACAGUGCCUUAAAAACACAUGCAAACAUACACAUGUGUGUGUGUGUGUGUGUGUAUAUAUAUAUAUAAUCCCCUAGUUUUAAGUGUCUUAAAAGCACAUGUAAACACACACACGUGUGUAUAUGUAUUUAUAUAAUAUAUAUAUAUAUAUAUAUAAAAUCCCCAAGUAUUUAACAGUCUUAAAAUCACAUGCAAACAUAUAUAUAUAUAUAUAUAUAUAUAUAUAUAUAUAUAUAUAUAUAUAUAUAUAUAUAUAUAAAUAAAAAUCUAUCUAUCUUGAUUAAAUAUUUCAUUUGAUGCACAAGGUUAAGAUAUGGAUAUGUUCUCCCCAAAUUUCUAACAGUGCCUUAAAAGCACAUGCAAACACACACACGUGUGUGUGUUUGUAUAUAUAUAUAUUUAUAAAAUACUUCUAUAUAUAUAUAAAAUCCCCAAGUAUUUAACAGUGUCUUAAAAGCACAUGCAAAUAGAUAGAUAGAUAGAUAGAUAGAUGUGUGUGUGUGUGUAUUAUGUACUCAUGAAGCCGGAACAUGUUAAAUUGCCUCUGUAUCUAUGUCGUAGGACAUUGAAUUUGCCAUGUAUAUGUGCAUUGUGAUCCGCCCUGAGUCCCCUUCAGGGUAAGAAAGAAGGGCAGAAUAUAAAUACUGUAAAUAAUUUAUUUUUUAAAAAAUUAAUUAAAUAAAUAAAAUUCUUAA